CAGUUCGUCUAUCUGCUUUGCCGUGUGUUGUGUCAAAAAAAGUGGCAAUGAUUGCGUUCCGCAGUUUAGCUAGCAUAUUUCACCUUAAUUUUGUGGUAGUUCGUGUAUAAUUUGUCGAAAUUUUGAUUCGUGAUAUGUGCAGUGGAUUGCAUCUGUUAUAAUCUUCACGGGGCACCAGUGAAGAAGGAUGGUUUCAACCGGAUAGAAAGCGAGUUAUACAGUGUCCAAAAAUAAUGACCCUAAUAUCAGGGUAAAAUUUGUUUUAAUAAAGAGUGUGUGCUAUUAACGAGAGAGAGAAAUUUCACAGCAUAUAGCUUGAUUUGCUUGGCAGAAGUGAUUUGUGCCGUUAUAACCGUGCCAAUCGUUAACAUAGUUCGAGAAAGAAUUAGCACUCCAUGAAUUACGACGAAAAGAGUGAGAAAAGCAGCAGACGAAGAGAUUCGAGAAAUUGAGUUGCUUACCUACAGAAGAAAAAGCAUGUGUGACCAUAAAAGUGACUUGCGUGAGAAGUACGGAACCGAACUUCGGAUGGCAGCCGCCCAGUGUUUUGUGAAUUUUCGUUAAGUAUUGUGCGUGUGUCACCAUUUUUAUCAUGAAUCCAACGUCAAAAAUGGGUUGAACGAUAUCGGUACGUGUCGUUGUGGAGAGAGACAACAAUUGUGGGCACUGUAAUCCCCGAGUCUCAUUCUAGAAGGUAGAAUAGUCGGUCAAAUUUGAACAGCCAAUGAAGGACAGACCGAAGCAGAACUAAAAUUAGCACAGCAAUUUCGGCAAACGUAAGCUACUGAUUGAAGGAAGCGGAACGUUGUGAGUCAGCAGGAUGGACGACAAUGAGAACUAUUUGGAGUACCCCAAAAUGAACUUUUCCCAGUUCUCGUCGCCGUUUGGUGGCGCACUGGCGGCGAACCAGUUUGCGGCUGCCAAGUUUCCCCCGAAUCUCACCACGGCCAAUGGGCAGGUCCUUGGUUUGGUGUCCGGUGGUGACGGUAUGCAGUUCCUACGACCAUUGGAUGGCAACGCGAUGGCGGCUGCGACAGCUUUUCAACAUCAACAACAAGCGGCAGCGGCUGCAGCCGCGGCAAAUAUGCAACAAACCACCCCUGCCUAUAUCACGCUACCCAUCACGAUGCCCGGCGCUAAGCCAGGUGAUGCUCAGCAAACGGUCCAAAUACAGGUUUUGAAUCCAAAUCCGAUUCCACCACCUACCCAGCAGGCGCCCAAAUUUCAGAUGGGACAAAUGCAAAUACCAAUCCAAGGCUUCCAGCAAGGAACCACCGUCUUAACAGUUGCCUAUGGACCGCAGGACGAGGAAAUGAUGCACAAUCAUGGCCUGCCAGAGGGAAUGACAAUAGUGGCCGCGUUACAACCGCAAGAUCUGCAGCUUAUAGCACAAGCACAAAAUGCCUCGCUUCUCCAGCAUCAGCAACAACAGCAACACCAACAGCAGCAGCAGCAACAAAUGCAGAACAAUGAAUCGAUGCAACAUUCGAUAAAGAUCGAAAACGAUCAGUCUCCACCUAUGAAACAAAUCAAGCAGGAAGCAGUCUGGGGCAGUAUACCAAAUUUGACGGCAGCUCCUGCGCUGGGAGCAGACAUCGCUGAGUUUCUCCAACAGCGUCAAGGUCUUCAUCUGCAGCCGUUCCUUAAGUUUAACCACAACAACAACAACAAUAACAAUGAACCCAAUGUACCUUUAGCACACGGGGAUCACCUCAUUGGUGGUUCCAUACCCAAUACCCCAGGGACCACUUUUAUCAAGCGUGAAAUCAUCGAAGAAAAUUCCAAUGAUAAUACGACGCAGUACGGAGCUGACAGCAGUCAGGCGGAUAGCAGCUUUAAAGACACUAGCAGUAUUUCUGGUGACACCUGCAGCAGUACCUUGAACGAGUCCUCUUCAACCCCUACGACGACGGCGGCAGCGGCCACCUCGACCACAACACCCGUCGAGGAUGGGGCGUCGAACGCGUCCAAGGCCCGCAAAAAGCGAAAGUACAAAUCCAAACCACCCAAGCCAAAAAGGCAAAAACCGGGACAAGUGCAUAUCACCACCGCGCUCGACGGCACGGUCCUGUUCUGCUGUCCCGAGUGCCAUCUGGCGUACCCGGAGAAAGAGUGCCUUGAGCAGCACCUGGUGGUGCAUAAAAUCGAGCGGAGGUUCAUCUGUGACAUCUGCGGGGCGGGACUGAAGCGGAAGGAACACCUCGAGCGGCACAAGCUGGGGCACAAUCCGGAGCGGCCAUACAUCUGCAGCGUGUGCAUGAAGGGCUUCAAGCGGAAGGAGCAUUUGAAUCUGCAUUUUGUCAUCCACAGCGGGGUGAAAACGGAGAUCUGUGGCGACUGCGGGAAAGGUUUCUAUCGGAAAGAUCAUCUCCGGAAGCACAUAAAGUCCCACGUAACGAAACGAUUGAAGGAAGAGCUGGCCGCCACCACUGGAAGCAACUCGUCAAAUCGAAACAGCAACAAUAGCAAUAACAACAACAACAACAGUAGUAGCACCAACCAUAAUGUAGACAGCAGUGUAUCGACGACGUCGGAUUCGACGCCACCGGCGCUCUCACUGCCGGCGGGCAUUCCCCCUGGAUUGACCAUUACCACGAGUACAAAUUCCAUGCAGAAUUCCAACCCGCCGCAGCCUUCACCUCUCACGCAGGGCAUAUGUUUGCCCCAGGGCGUGACGAUACAUAUUCCUACAGCGGACAAUCAAACGUUACCGGUGCAAAUUUCCCUGCCCCAGCUGGUGAAUCAACCGCAGCAGACGACGUCCGACGGCGGCUCGUCCAACUCUGUGCUUCUACCGGCUUCGGCAACGCUUCCGCAGCUUCCGAACAGCGGCCAGUAGCAAUGACCCAAGCUGAUGAUCGCCGGAUACUAAUGCCAGCGGUUGUCAGUCGGAAUAAGUCAGCAAGCGGACCAACAGAGUCGAUAUUCGAAUACUCAGUUUUAUUCUCUUAGAUAGGACACAUUUUUGCUUGGCCUCGAGGAGAUGGGCUGGCAGCAUGCAGCAGCAAAUCCCAAAAUCCGUACGUAAGUUGGUCGUUUUUAAUCUCUAUCAGCCGGUACUGUAUUAUUUCUGAACAGGGAAUGCAAGAAAAAAGACAAACGUGCAUUUGUUGGAAUCAUUUCUGUCCAUGUUUUGUUUUGUUUUUUUUUAUGAUUAUGAUUUUAACGCACAUCACGCCGUUUGCUGUGCAACAAAUAUGUCUGUAAAGAGAAAAAAGAAUAUGAACGGUAAAUUAUAUUUGUUGUUUCUUUGUUUUAAAGCAUAUAUUUUCAUAGUAUUUAAAUUUUACCCUCCACUAUUUAUUACUGGAUGUAAGCAUUAAUCACCUGUUGUUUUUACUAUUUUUAUCAUCACUAUUUUAAACCUAUUUAAAUUAUUUAUUCGUACUCUCCCGAGCGGUGGGAGAAAAACUCAAAUUUUAAAUCGUUUAUUUUCUUCGCCUGUUUGAAAAAAAAAACAUGCGGAACACAAACAAAAACACACUACACAACACACAAGAAGUUAAGAAGAAGAGUUUAUCUAGUUUUAAGAAAAUGUAAACAGAAGUAUUUUUCGAUGAAGGAUGAAGAAAAAUGCGUGUAUACCGGAGAAAUCUCUGAAACGGAAAAUCAAAAACUGUAGCAAAAUGUAAUACCAAUAAAGUUUUGUACUGUACAUAGGAGCGAGCAGGAGCUGUUUUUCGAAAAUUGUAAACCUUGUUGAGUAUGUGGAAAGUAACUAUAAUAAAGA